CUAGUAUAGUUUGACCGGUCAAGUAAUUUACACCAUCAUUUUUGGCGCCGACCGUGGGACCGUUAAGGUUUUUCCUCUUCUAAACACAAACCUACCCACAAAAACACCACUCAAAAUGCCUUCCAGCCAGCAAAUCAACGCCACCCCUGCUCAGGUGCAAGCCACCACUGAAGGUACCAGCAUCCCCAUGGCUGUUACUCUGCCCACCGUUUCUGCUCCGGUUUUGCCAUUGGGACUGGGCUCGGUUCCAACACCCAGCAUGGUCAGCCCAUUCACGGCCCCCGUCCCUUCCGCUGGGCCAAGGGUCACUUUCCCGCCAAGCAUGACUCAGUUCAUGAAUGACCCAGCCAACCUGCAAGCCAUCCAGGGCUUUGGCCAGGUCAUGGCCAUGUGCCAACAGAACGGGGGGAUGCCUUUUCUCCCUGGUAUGUUCCCGUUCGCUCUCCCAGGUGCGGGAACGAUGCCCCUGCAAACUCCAAUGGCGGUGACGCCGUUUCAGACGCCGAUCCCGCAGCCAUCACCUUUCCAACCGGCGCUGGUCAGCACCAUGGCACCUGUCAACUUGACUGGCGCGCUCAACGCUGCAGGGCCGUCGUGUCCCCCGCGAGGUACAAAUCCGCUAAUCACUCCCGAUGGUCACUGCGUCUCGGUUGAAAGUGGAGACGACGAGUGGGACAUUCCAAGGACCCACAAGAAAAAGAAGGGAAAAACUAUCCGCCCAGCAACUUCCCGAAACUCCGCCUUCGAAAGGCUGGGGGAUAGGGAAGAGGGCCAGAGGAAGUCAGCCAAGCUGAGGCUGGGGCAGAGCGUUGCCCAUGUCAGCGCUUUUCCCCGGUUGGGUGAGAUGCGGGAGGCCGAGCCUGCCCGCACCCGACGCUCCCGGUCCAACCGGCAGGAGCCAGCUUGGACGAGGGUCUCUCGCCAGGAGGAGGAAGCAGAAAGCCAACCCAGGGUACCGGUGGCUAACCGGUUAACCACCCCCAAUGAUCGCGUCCAGCAGAUGGAGGCAAAGCUGGAGAGGCUGGAGAAGAAGGUUGGAGAGAAGAGUGACCGGGACAAACCUCUCGCAGGUUCCCCGUUCACCGAAAGGGUCCAUCUGACACCUUUCCCGCGAAAGGUCAAGAUAGAUGCCCCAAGGUUCACCGGUAAGGAGGACCCAGAGAUCCAUCUGGACUCCUUCAAUCAGAAUGCAACCAUGAACGGUUGUACAGAUGAAGAAAAAUGCCUCCUCUUCUUCCAAACCUUGCGGAAUCGAGCCACUGAGUGGUUCAACAAGCUUCGCCCGGGAAGCAUUGACUCAUUCAGUGACUUGGCCUCGAAAUUCAAGGCCAAGUUCCAGGAGAACUGUACUAAGAGGAAGAAAUUCACCUAUCUUAGUACAGCCGGACAGCGGGAAUCAGAGAACCUCACUCAGUUCCUUACCCGGUGGAAGGAGGAGGUAGACAAGGUUGAGGAAAUGGAUGACAAGACAGUAUUGUCCCUCCUCCUGAAUGGUUUGCGAGCCGGGGAACUUUACAAGGAGUUCUGCCGAAAACCCCUGGCCACGUAUCAGGAGGCCUACCACACUGCAUGGGAGUUCGCGGAGGCAGAAACUCAGCUCCGGGCGAAAAAAGAAGCUGAGCAUGGUUACAAGCCCAAGCCGGUGCAGGUCAAAAAGGAAGAAGCGUCGGGACCCAGCCGGCCAAGGCACCACUAUGACCCGGUCGUACGCAUGGUCAACGAAGAAGAAUGCCAGGAGGUAAGGAAAGCACCGGCUCCCUACCCGGUCAUUCCUCCGGAAAAUCCUACCGGUCAGACUGGGCGCCAGUGGUCGGGUACCUAUUGCUCAUACCACCGGUCCGACUCCCAUAGCACCUCAGAAUGCAAAAGUGUUAAGGGGGUGAUCCGGUAGAUGAUAGACAGCGGGGAACUGGGC